AUGGCGGGUGACAGAAUAAAAACUUGUUUUAUGAUUAUUGAUAGUAGUAGUUGUGCUAAUGUGAUCUAUGUAAAGGAAUCUGAAUCUGAAAAUGGGAAUAUCUUGAUNGAUUCUCGACUUGGGUGUUGGGUUGGGUACUUGCCUACUUGGGUAUUGAUUGGGAUUGGGCUUGGGGGAGCUGGGCCUGGGUGGGAGUGGGAGUGGGACGCUGGGGCCUGGGAUGGGGCAUGGCCUGGCCGCGCAUACUGCUCUCUGACAGCAAGCAUUUUAACCCGAAAAGAGAUCAAGCUAAUUAGGAUGGAGAAUGUCAACAUUAAUGAGAUUGCUACACCAAGUACUCAAGAAACUGAAGAGGAACCUGUGGGGCUUGAGGAUGAUGCUGAGAAGAUAAUUAAGCUACUGACCAGAGGAAUAAGGGAACGGGAUAUUGUCUCUAUUUUUGGCAUGCCUGGUCUCGGAAAGACCACUUUGGCAAAAAAGAUAUUCAAAGAUUCUUCUAUUGUUUCUCACUUUGAUGUUCGAGCAUGGGUUACCAUUUCACAAUCAUAUGAUGUGAGAGAGCUGUUGAGGGACAUCUAUAAGCAAGUGACAGGUGUUAAGUACAAUGGAGAUAAGAAGAGUGACAUAGCUGAUAUGUUGCGCAAAUGUUUAAUAGGCAAAAGAUAUCUCAUUGUCUUGGAUGAUGUAUGGGAAGUAAAGGCAUGGGAUGAGUUAAGAUUAUGUUUUCCAAUCGGUAGACAAGGAAGCAGAAUCAUGUUAACAACUCGACUUGAACAUGUGGCAAUGGAAGUCGAGCACUGUACCAAUCCUUAUUCCCCUCGAUUCCUAACAAGGGAAGCGAGCUGGAAAUUGUUGGUGAAAAAAGCAUUUCAAAAGGAAACUUGCCCUCCUGAAUUCGAGAAUGUUGGGGUACAAAUUGCAGAAUAUUGUAAAGGACUGCCUCUUACAAUUGUUUUGAUUGGUGGAAUUCUGGCAAAGAAAGAAAGGAAUGUCUCAGAGUGGUGUGAAGUUGCAAACAAUUUAAAGUCUCAUCUUGGAGCAGUUGAAAGUGAGAGCAACUUGGCACUGCAGUUAAGUUACCGCUACUUACCGGAUCAUUUGAGACAUUGCCUUCUGACUAUGGGAGUAUUUAGGGAGGAUGAAAAAAUUGGAGCAUCUAAAUUGAUGUUACUCUGGAUGGCCGAAGGCCUCGUUCAAUGUAGUGAUGAGAGAGGAUUGGAGGCGGUAGCUGAAGCUUACUUGACCGAUAUAAUUUCUAGUAGCCUUCUAAUGAUUUCAAAGACGGCCUUUGAUGGCAAGGUGAAGUACUUGCAAAUUCAUGAUGUAGUGCGUGACUUUGUCUUAAACAAAACUAAAGAAGAAAAGUUCAUGCAAGUUAUAGGGACAAAUAACCAAUAUCAACCUUCAUAUGAUGAGGAACAUCGAGUAUGCAUUCACCUCGACCAUAAGCUUCGUCGUGAUUUGCAGAGAUUCAACAACGAAGUAGAUAGAUUCCUCACAAGCGGCUCCAAAAAAGGAACAUCUUUUGGACAAGAACUUAAAUCGUUCUUUGUUACUAAUAACGUGGAUGAUUUUCUUGCUUAUAGAGAUUUUUGGAAUAGUGAGGCUAAUUUUCACGGUACUGUUUCUAAAGAGUAUUUAUCUCGUUCGUAUCAUUUCUCAUCAGUUGGAGACUUUAGACUUCUUAGAGUGUUGGAUUUCAGGAACUGCAUUCCAGGGGAUUAUACGAAUAUAGAAGAUAUACUGCAAUCACUAGUUUACCUGAGAUACCUGGGAAUGUGUUUUGAAAAGUUUUUUUUCGAGUGGGUAUCACACAUGUGCGACCUGGAAACUUUACUGGUGGAUACUGAGAGAAUAGUAGAGGCGACACCUCAUAUUUGGAAGAUGACGAAACUAAAGCAUGUAGACCUAUUAACACUUUUACCUCGUGAGAUAUUUGCAGUUUCUGAAGAAGGCCCGUCUAAGAUGGAGAAUUUGAGGGCCUUUAAAGGCAUGUGUUUACUUCGUGACGAUAUAGAGUUAAUUGAGAGGUUUCCCAAUCUUCAAAAGCUUCUCCUCAUGAUAGCUGAUAAUGAUAUUGAUGAAGCUAGCUCUCUAGUUCUGAAAUUGGAUGUUCUUACACAGCUUCAAUCCCUCGUGGUUGGUUCGAUGUGUAAUAUCACCAAUUAUUAUUUUCCUUCAAGUCUCAAAGAGCUGAUCCUCCGAAAAGUCAAUAUACCAGCAAGUGCAACUUCCACAAUCGCUUGGUUACCCAACCUUCAAAGACUGAUAUAUGAAGGGUGUAAAUUCGAGCAAGAUGAGUGGGACGUGAGAGAUAUGGAGUUCCCGGUACUCAGAAUCUUAAAAUUUCAAGGCGUUCAUCUUAGGGAAUGGCAUGUCUCAGAAUCAUCAUCAUUUCCCAAGCUUGAGAGUUUAGUGCUAAGAUCUGUUGAAUUGCUUGAGAAAAUUCCUGACAGUUUUGCGGAUAUUGGAACGCUUACAACAAUCAAGGUGUUCUAUUGUGAUGAUAAUGUCAAGGCUUCAGCUUUGGAGAUUAAGGAAGAAGUAGAAACAACUUCAGGAUGUGACAAUCUCAAGAAUAUGUUUAUAUCAUUAUGUUAUGUUACAUUAAUUAUUGUUGUUAAAAAAAUAGGGAACAAAGAGAAUAUGAAGAGGAAGAGAAAGAGGAAGAAGUAG